AUGCCUGAACCGACAGGAAUGAGCGAAUCAAAAGCUUCUCUUAGCAAUGCCGAUUCACUGCUGGAAACAUUGGCAGAUGCGGUAAAAGAGGCUUUCAUGGAAUCGGGUCAACCCUCAGCCUCCGCGGCGAAACAUCGUCAGAAAAACGGUUUGUCCGAUAUGAUUGGGGGUCAGUCAAACGCAUUGGAUCUCUCGGAAGUUUCUUCGCUUCCUUCCUUUCUGCAGACAUCUCGUUCAAGCUCUACACACAAUCUGCCAACGCCUGCGGUUGGGUCUCUCGGCGGCUUCUUGGGAGACAGCUUGACACUACGGAUCCACAACGCAAGAGCAGCCACAGAGAAGCUUCCAACCGACUCUUCCACUAAUCCUUCCUUUCUGGGAGAAUUGUCACGAAUCGUUGCGGAAAUAUCAGGCAUCGACCCCGCAGCAGCUGCCAAGCUCACAGAUACUGUUCUGGAUGCUCUUCAUGUGGAUUCGUCCGCUGUUGCUGCAGCCAUACCAAAGGUAGCAACCGAAGCUUCUGUUUCAGCUUCCGAUUUACUCCCACUUGUCAUACCUGCUGUUGCCAAGGCCAUGAACCAACCUCUACCUCCGGAGCCUCCUAUGAGCACGCUAGAUAUGGUAGAAACCUUGAACAAGGUCCUUGAACAAGGAACAACGGUCAUCAAUGACCUCAGCAGAGCUUUGGAAGAUAUCACUGAUCCGGCUCUUCUAGCAGUUGUCAAUCAACUAGCUUUGAUUGUGAGCGCUGUCGCUGACUACUUGGACAAGCCUCUUUGCGCUGUUGAUCAGGUCAUGGAUGGAACUUCUUUUGAGGAAGUAAUACCUUGUGAUGAGGUUGAAACCGGGUCUCUUACUUCAGCCAGUCAAAUCACAACACUAGCUACCUCUGGUUUACCUGAAUCACCAACCAAAACUUCUGUGUGA